AAUUGACCAAUAUACCUAAAACAGAACACAAACAGCGACACAACAAAAGACGCCUCUUUCCUGUGAAGCUUCUCUCCAUCGUCUCUUUCCUGUGAAGCUACCGGCCGGAGCGACGCACCCCACAGCUACCGGAGGCCUUCGACCUUCGACCCCACAACUACAGGUGCAAUAAUCAAGGCGACGGAACUCCAUACGUGAGUAGCUAAAACUAAUCUUCGUACGUCGAUCUGGGAUAUGUGAGUAGAUUCUUACUGAAGCAUACUCCGUUAAUGGUACAUACGACUCACUUCGAACCAAAUGCCCACCAACUGUUCGAUGAAAUUACCCAACUAGAUGUGGUGAAUUUCUUAUAUUCUAAUGAAGGCAUUUAAACACGUACGGAGCCAUUUUCAUGUCCCAGGUCCUGGUCCUCUCAGAACCGAGAAGUUAACUGGUGUUGUGCAUCUUAACGCAAUCUCUUAUCACUCCUUCACUGAAUCACAGUUGGAUCCUCAAUCUUCCGAGUGGCGUGAAAAAGCCCUCCCAAAACUAAUCAAGCUGACCCCAUUGCUAAAGAAUUUAGACCUAAUCAAUGGAAAAUUGGUUAAUCUCCACGACAAAUGCACUGUGAAUGACGAGUUUCUUCUCCAGAGCAUGCAUACAUUCAAGUCUAUCGCCACAGCCUUUCUUAUGAAGCAAGCAUUAUCUACAGUAAGUACGCCAUGUCUUUCUGUUGAUAAGCCACUUUAUAUGGAAACUUUUACCUUGAAUUCUCUCAAAAAAGUAUGCGACAUCUUAGAUGUGUCUGCUCAACAGAGGAAGUUAGUUCGUCUUGCAAUAUGUCCACAGGUUACACAGCACCAAAUAUGGACAGGUGCCCUUGAGGAGAUACUAAAUCAAUUAAAAUUUGAAAUGAGUGUUAAUGAUUAUGGAUGCAUAAUGGCUCAACAAAUAGUGGUUAACUGUCUUAAGUUCUUGGAUGAUGUCAUGUCUUAUGACCCUGAGUCAACUUCAUGGAUGCGACUUACACUUAAAAAAGAUGCAAACUUGCCACCUUCUGCUAAAUGGGAAGAUUUUCUUGAAAUGAUUAAUGAUUUGAUGAUCUGUUUAAAGAAUGAAGAGGGCUUUUUCUUUUAUGUAACAAAGCUUGAGACCAUGAAAGAAGGGUUGUCACAGAUAAAAGAUGUUUUGGUGGAUAAGAAUAUUGGAUACAAAGAGGCGAGACAUCAACAAAGUUUAGUUCAGAAGAAGUUGACUAAAUCUUUGGGCCAUUCAUCUAAAUGUUUGUUCACACUUUUAUUGUAUUAUCUUUAUGGAAGUAUUAGGGAUAUUGAGCUUGAUAUUUGCUGUUGGUUUUCUGAGGGUGAUGUUGGGAACAAGUGUUGUUUGUGUGUUGGGAAGAUUUUGAUAUCAGAUGAAGAGAAAAUGUUGAGGCGUGAAGUGAAGAAGUUAGAUAGGGCUCUUAGGGUUAUUAAGUUUGUAUAUGAAAUGGCAGAAAUGAAGGAGAAUUUGGAGUUGCAGGGUCAUGUAUGGUGCUUAGGGUGUGAGAACAGAUCACUUGUUUAUAGAGGGCACAAGUUCUUCAUUCAUGGUUUUAGUCUCUGAUGAAGGAUAUGGGUGUUGUGCUGCUUUCAUAAGAUCAAGAGCUUUCAAAGGAAUCAAAAUAACUGCUUAAAAAAGGGUGCUCCCAUGCAGCUUCAAUCCUAACAUCUUUUGCAUUCUCAAAGCUCCAAGAACAACUAGUAAUGGCUGCUCAUUACGCAUCAUUUCAACUCGAAGAUGGAUUCUUAGUUAGACACCACACAAAACUCGAAGGAGAGCAAAAAGUCUACUGGGUCCCACGAGAAGGCCACAUCAGCCACACAAAUCUCGAAGGAUAUUGUUGCAUUUGUUACUCUGUGUUGUCACCAUUUUGUUCCAAAAACCUUAUCUUAACAAUAUACGCACCAUAAUUUGGUUGUCUCUUACUAGUAAGGAGGUGAAAAUCCAUAACUGAUGUCUCAUGUUGAGGCUCCAUACAAAGACAGGAAACAUUGUGAUUUCCCUCUA